AUGUGCCGGUUCCUAAAAAACGUGAAAUUGUUCAUUUCCAWGGGGAAGUUGGGUAAUAUCUCGUUGCAGGAAUUGAUGUCGAGGAUGAGAGUGAAUGACUGCAUGUGGCUUCGUCUAAACGAAGGACUUGAAUUGCCUCACUUACUUCCCAGAAACCAUUUUGACAAAGUACAGCUACAGCCUCUGUCUUCAAAGGAGAUUGAAUCUAUCAGUAAACAAAAAAUUGUUCCUGUGGCAUCAAAGCUUCGCUUUAUUCCCAAACGAAAUGGGUUGAGACCCGUUGUAAAAGUGAGCGGCAUUGUGGAAGCACGAGCACUCAGCAAGGAAAGCAGACAAAAGAAGAUGAAUCAUUACACCUCUCAACUGAAAAGUCUGUUUAGUGUGUUAAAUUAUGAACGAACUGUGAACACCAGUUUUUUGGGCUCUUCAGUGUUUGGGAAAGAUGAUAUCUACAAGGUAUGGAAGCAGUUUGUUAGAAAGGUUCUUGCAUCUGGUGGUGAAAUUCCUCAUUUCUACUGUGUAAAGGCUGAUGUGUCCAGGGCUUUUGAUACCAUUCCUCACAAUAAACUUGUGGAAGUGAUUUCACGGGUGAUGAAGCCUGAGAAGAAAACUCAGUACUGCAUACGGCGCUAUGCUGUGAUUAUGGUUACCCCAAGUGGAAAACCCAGGAAGAGCUAUAGGAGACAUGUUUCUACUUUCAAGGACUUURUACCAGACAUGAAGCAGUUUGUGUCUCAUCUAAAUGCGAAGGACUCAUUGCAAAAUGCAAUAGUAGUGGAACAGAGCUUGACUUUCAAUGAGACAAGUUCCAGCAUGUUUAAGUUUUUCCUUCAUGUGAUACGUAACACCAUCCUGAAGAUUCGGAACAGGUACUACUUACAGUGUUGUGGAAUUCCACAGGGCUUCAUUUUGUCCUCCUUACUUUGCAACUUAUUCUAUGGAGACAUGGAAAACAAAUUGUUCAGUGGAAUACAGCAGGAUGGAGUCCUAAUACGUCUCAUUGAUGAUUUUUUGCUGCUUACACCAGAUUUAAUGAAGGCAAGAACUUUUGUGAGGACUCUAGCAGCAGGUAUUCCUGAGUACGGCCUUCUAAUAAACCAAAAGAAGACAGUGGUGAAUUUUUGUCUUGAUGGUAUCCCAAAAUGUUCCAAAUUUAAGCAGCUACCAGAUUGUCGUUUGGUCCCGUGGUGUGGUUUGUUACUAGAUAUAAAAACACUUCAGGUUUACUGCGAUUACUCCAGUUAUUCUUACACUUCUAUCAGAUCAAGUCUUACCUUCAAUUCCUCUACAACACCUGGGGAAAACAUGAAAUACAAACUGAAUGCAGUCCUCAAACUGAAAUGUCAUGGUUUAUUUCUUGAUUUUCAGAUCAACAGCCUUAGGACAGUUCUCAUCAACAUCUACAAGAUACUUUUACUCCAGGCUUGCAGGUUCCAUGCCUGUGUUAUCCAGCUUCCAUUCAACCGUCAAAUGACAAGCAAUCCUGGUUUCUUCCUAACGCUCAUCUCUCAGACUGCAAGAUGCUGCUAUGCUAUCCUGAGGGAAAUAAAUGCAGGGAUUACUGAAAAAGAAUUAUCUCGUAUACUCCCUAGACAGGCAGCAGAAUGGCUCUGCUACCAUGCCUUCCUUCUCAAACUGAAAAAUCACAGUGUCAUUUACAAAUUUCUGCUUUUACCCUUAUCACGCUGUAAGAGUCGCGUGAGCCAAUGUAUCCCAAAGAAUAUUGUGAAACUACUGCAGGCAGUGACAGAACCGGCUAUUUGUCAAGAUUUCAAAACUGUGCUGGACUAGCUGAUUGUGGUUUAUUUCAUAAUUUUCCCAGGAUUGAAAAUAAAAACUAUGUCUUUGGGUGACCUUUUCUCUGUAGCCUAUUUUGGUAGAGUGGACCAAAAGCAAGUUCACUCUGAAGUUUUAUGUGUUUGUUUCUCAGAUACCAUACAAGGACAUAAAAAGCAGACAGUUUUGUUAAUASCUUCUUGUUCGCACUUUUUAUCGGUGGGUUUUUUUGUAAAUUCACAGGCUGUUUGAAGUUAUUUACUUGGUUUUGUUCCAUGAUUCCCAUCUUCUGGAUGAAGGAAUCAUUAAACCAUGUUCUGUACAAAAUUGUUUACUUUCUUGUUUCACUGGUUUGUCUUGAAGGACUGUUUUUUGCUUCUCUGUGUUGCCAACUAUUUUGUAAUAA